UCAAGAGUGUGAUACAUAUAAAGUUUAGUCACUCAAAUCUGUAGUUAUGAAAAAGAGAGCAUUGUGGGUGCUUGUGGUGAUUUGGGGUAUCGCAUGUUUAUGUGGCUCUCGUGGGUGUUGGGAGCAAGAAAGGGUUGCACUCUUAGCGCUCAAUGCCACCUUGAACCUGAGAUAUUGGGUGGAUGCCGGGGGAUCAUAUUUCAAUUGUUGCAGUUGGGAAGGUGUUGAGUGCAAACCCACCACAGGGCGAGUCACUCAUUUAAUGCUCUCCGAUACGAGAUGUUACCGUUUCAGUGUCAAAACUUGGUACCUAAACACUUCUCUACUUCUUCCCUUUGAAGAACUCAAGAGCCUUCACUUGUCCUACAACUAUUUAGGAGGGUGGAUUGCACCAGAAGAACCAAACCUGCUAUCUUCAAGGCUGAGCAAACUAGAGGAACUUGACUUGAGUGGUAACUCUCUAGAUAAUUCUAUUCUAUCCAUUCUCAGUACAAUUCCAUCUCUCUGACGUCUGUUCCUCAGAGACAACAAUUUGAACGGGACUUUACAUGUGAAUGGUAAAUUUCUCCAACUUAUUCUCUACUCAUAAUUCAGUACGAAAUCGCCACCCUACAACAUAUUUCCCCUUCGAAAUGGCAAAACUUGUUUACACGUGUACUUGAAUAGAUUUUUGCGAUUUUCUAUGCUUUUAGUUGUU